UAAUUAAUUGCAGCUAUCUGUCUCCUAUCGAUGUGUGUGUAAGUGUGCGUUGUGUGUGUUUCCCCUUUUUCUCCCCAAACCUAACAUGAAAUAGUUUGUUGGGCUAUACUUUCUUUCCUCCUAUCCAUCCCCCCUUCCUCCCUUCCCGUCCUGGUUCGCUGGUAGAGGCAGGGGAAACUCAAACCCAGCUGUGUUCUUCGCUUUUGGUCGUUGCCACUUCCCCCCUCACUGCUCGGUGAUGUUGGACAUGGGAGAGCGCAAAGAGGUGAAGAUGAUUCCUAAAUCUUCGUUCAGUAUAAACAGUUUGGUUCCCGAGGCCGUGCAAAGCGACAACAACCACCAGAACCAGAGCCUCCACCGGUCCGGUGACAUCGAGCAGAAAGCCCCUCUCUCAGCCUCGAAGAAAGCUGAUCCCAAAAGUGACUCCUCGAUCCAGGAGAGUCCAGACGAGAAGGAGAAGCAGGACGAGAAGAGGGACGGGAAGGACGGGGACAGCGGCGCCGGGGAGAAGGACGGGGAGAAGAAAAGCGGCAAGUAUGAAAAACCUCCUUUUAGUUAUAACGCGCUGAUAAUGAUGGCCAUCAGGCAGAGUCCGGAGAAGCGGCUCACCCUGAACGGGAUUUAUGAGUUCAUCAUGAAAAACUUCCCCUACUACCGGGAAAAUAAGCAGGGCUGGCAGAACUCCAUCCGACACAACCUCAGCCUGAACAAAUGCUUUGUGAAGGUGCCGCGGCACUACGACGACCCGGGCAAGGGGAACUACUGGAUGCUGGACCCCAGCAGCGACGACGUGUUCAUCGGCGGAACCACUGGAAAACUACGCCGUCGAUCCACGACGUCUCGGGCCAAGCUGGCCUUCAAGCGUGGCGCCCGCCUGACCUCCGGGCUUACCUUCAUGGACCGGACUGGUUCCUUAUAUUGGCCCAUGUCCCCUUUCCUCUCCCUUCACCACCCGCGGGCCGGCGGCGCCCUGGGCUACAACGGGACCUCUUCAGGGUAUCCGGGUCACCCCAUAUCCUACAGCACCAUGCUCACCCAGAACAUGAACAACAACCAUUCGUCGUUUCCGUCCUCCAACGGACUCAGCAUGGACCGGCUGGUCAGCGGAGACCUCCCUUACGCCACGCACCACUUAACGGCAGCGGCCCUGGCGGCCUCGGCGGUGCCCUGCGGUCUGUCCGUGCCUUGUUCCGGGGCCACGUACUCCCUCAACCCGUGCUCGGUGAACCUGUUGGCUGGACAGACGAGUUACUUUUUCCCUCAUGUCCCUCACCCGUCCAUGUCCUCACAGACCGGCGCCAGUGGCGGCGGCAGCUUGCAGGCUGCGCGGGCUUCAGCCUCCAACUCCCCCCAGGCUCCAUCUUCUUCCUCGCUGCCUUGUGACACUCUGAGGCCGGCCCUGUCCGGUUCUCUGCCGGCCUUCUCUUCGGGACUUUCUGGGGGUUUGUCUGACUAUUUUGCACAUCAGAACCAGGGGUCGACCUCGAACCCGCUUAUACAUUAACACCCCCCCACCCCCCCACAAAAACUCCAUCCAUCCAUCCAUCCAUCCAUCCAUCCAUCCAUCCAUCCAUCCAUCCAUCCAUCCAUUCAUCCAUUCAUCCAACACCUUGUUCAGUCCCUGAAGGAGUAAAAAUCUUAAACAAUUGGAACUGAAAGCUGAAGAUUUCACACUGAACACUUACAAUGUAAAAAAGACAAAUGAUUAUAAACUACUGUACAAAAGAGAAGAGACUAAAAAACUGCAUAACAAAGAGAUCAGCACUGAGAAACUCGCAGAAAGCAGCACUGACAUUUCCAGGUAUUUUUAAUAUUAUUAUCGCUUCUUCUUCUUCUUCUGCCCCGUUUCCUCCUGCAUUUUUAAUUUCUGUGUACAUAAUGUUGUUUACUGUAAAUGUCCGGGCUUUGUCUUUGUAUAGUACUGUCAGUCAGUGACGUGCAAUGUGAUCUGAGAUAAGAAACUGAGAGAAUGAUGACAGAUGAUUGUUGUUGAGGAGGCAUGAAAAAAAAAUAGAAUAAUGUGAUUUUUUUAAAUAGUGUUGUCUAAUUUUGACAUUUAAA